ACACCACCCAAGAACACACAAUUAUUUACCAAAAAAAAAGGGAGAAAAAACCAAUAACCUCAUAGUGUCGACAUGGGCUACCAAGACGAACAAUUGGUGCAAACAAUAUGCGAUCUCUACGAAAAGAUCUCAAAGCUCGAGAGUCUAAAACCAUCCGAAGAUGUCAACAUUCUCUUCAAGCAGCUUGUUUCCACAUGCAUCCCACCAAACCCUAACAUCGACGUCACCAAGAUGUGUGACAAAGUCCAAGAAAUUCGACUUAACCUCAUCAAGAUCUGUGGCAUAGCCGAAGGUCACUUAGAACAUCAUUUCUCUUCGAUUUUGACCUCUUUCCAAGACAACCCACUUCAUCAUUUAAACAUUUUCCCUUAUUACAACAACUAUUUAAAACUCGGAAAGCUCGAAUUCGACCUCCUCACACAAAACCUAAAUGGCUUUGUCCCAAAGAGUGUGGCUUUCAUUGGAUCUGGUCCUCUUCCUCUCACUUCCAUCGUUCUUGCUUCAUUCCAUCUCAAAGACACAAUCUUUCACAACUUUGACAUCGACCCAUCAGCGAACUCACUCGCUUCCCUUCUGGUUUCCUCUGAUCCAGACAUCUCUCAACGGAUGUUCUUCCACACCGUUGAUAUAAUGGACGUGACAGAGAGCUUGAAGAGCUUCGAUGUCGUGUUUUUAGCUGCUCUUGUUGGAAUGAACAAGGAGGAGAAAGUUAAAGUGAUCGAGCAUCUGCAGAAACACAUGGCUCCUGGUGCUGUGCUCAUGCUUAGGAGUGCUCAUGGUCCGAGAGCGUUUCUUUAUCCGAUCGUCGAGCCGUGUGAUCUUCAGGGGUUCGAGGUUUUGUCUAUUUAUCACCCAACAGACGAUGUUAUCAACUCUGUGGUGAUCUCUAAAAAGCAUCCUGUUAUUUCAACUGGGAAUGUUGGUGGACCUAAUUCAUGCUUGCUCAAGCCUUGCAACUGUUCCAAGAUCCACGCGAUAAUGAACAAGAACAUGAUGAUCGAGGAGUUCGGAGCUAGGGAAGAACAGUUGUCUUAAAGAGGACGUUUCUUGCUUCUUAAUUCUCUAUCUUAUGGAAGCUUCUAAUUAUGAUUUGUGUCUUUGUGUUGUAUGUUGGUGUCUUUUCUCAAUUGUUCUUUGUAUGUUUUAUUUUCUUUCUAUAUUUCUAGAAAUGGAUUUGCUUCCCGCGACACUGUUGGGCUGAAACAGAACACGAUU